AUGUCCGAUACUAAUGACGAGUUUGGAGACUUUGAAGCUACUCCCCCUCCUCCCCUUCCUCCUCUUACCUCCUCCUCUGAUAUCAUAGAUACAACUCAACAACACAAGCAAGAUAAUGAUGAUGAGUUUAACUUUGGUGACUUUACCACCACCAAUAAUGAUAACAACAAUAGUACAUUCAACUCCAUGUCAGUGAAUAAUGAUGAUGGUUUCUCUUCAUUUCAACAAACUACAUCACUAGACAGUACUCUACAACAACAACCACAUCAACAAGAUCUCUUUGAUUUUGAUGCUCCACAUCCUCCUCCUAUUCCAUCAUCCAGUUCAAACAACCUCAACAACAAAGACUCAGCCUUUGAUUUUGGUGACUUUGAAUCAACACCUCCUCUUCAAUCUACAAACAACAUUAUCAACGAUCAAAUAAGAUUCGAUACAUUUGAGACUUCAUCUCCUCCACUCAGAUCAUCUUUAUCACUAUUAGAUGAUUUGGACUUUGGUGAUAGCAGCAGUAUUAGUAACAACAACAAUACAAGUAGUUUCGGAACAUCUGAUGCUUUUACCUUUGAUAACAAACCAACUGCAACAACAACAACAACAGCAACAUCAACAACCACAGGAUCAGAAUCAUUUGGUGACUUUGAUUUUGACUAUUCAUCUAAAAUCACCUCCUCCUCUAAUCCUACGUCGGAUCCAUUCUAUGACCUCAAUAGUAAUAAUAAUAUUGAACAACAAGCCAAGCUAGCAACAGUGGAAUCAGAUUCAUUUGACUUUGGAGUAGAAGAACCUAGAAAGAUAACAGCAACACCACCAACAUCAUUUGCAAGUGAUGCCAAUAACACACAAGAUGAAUUUAGUUUUGAAGGAGAAACAAACAACAAAAAGGAAACUGAAGAUUUUUCAUUUGAUGGUUUUGGAUCAUCAAAGGAACAACAACAACAACAACAACAACAACAACAACAACAACAACCAUCGUUUGAUGAUUUUGGUGAUUUUGGUGAUGGAACAAAUGAUACAACAACAUCCAACAACAAUGACUUUGACUUUAAUAGUAAUAGUAAUAAUGAUAGUUUGACAGUAAAUAAGCAACUCGAUGAACAACCAUCGUUUGAAGAUUUUUCAAAUACUUCUUCCUCCUCUUUGACUCAACAACCACAAGAAGAAGAACCAAAAAUAGAAUUAGAGUCAUUUGAAGAAGAGAUCAAAUCAUCAUCAUCAACAUCACCACCACAAAAGGCAACUGAACAAUCAUCUUUAUCUGGAGAUCAUUUUGGUGACUUUGGAAGUUCUGAUAAUAUUAAAUUGGAGGAACCAACAACAACAACAAUAUCACAUUUUGAGGAACCAAAGCAACAAGAACAAGAACAACCAUCCUUUGAAGAAUUUAUUGAACAACCAACCAUAAACGAGCCAUCAUCAUCUUUGCCAAUUGUAGAUGAUAUUGAAAAGAAGGAAGAACAAUCAAAAUCAGAGUCAGAAUCAUUUACAUUUGAUGAUGAACCAAAACAAGAACCUCCUAAAAUUGAAGAUGAAUCAUCAUUUGAUGAUUUUGAAAAUACCAAUAAUAAUAAUAAUAUACAACAAGAUGAUAUACCAUCAUUAGAAGAAGAAUUACGUGGAUUCAAUCAACCAUCAAUAAUAACAGAUACCAUUAACAACAGCAGCAGCAGUAGUAGUAAUCAACAACCAACCGAAACCGCCGAGGUUAGCUUUGAUGAUUUUAUUAAUAAUAAUAAUAACAAAAAAGAAGAAGAAGAACAAGAAGAAAAGAAUAAUAAUAAUGUCAAUUUUAAUUUGGACAAUAAUCAAAAUAACGAUGUAAUACUACAACAAACAAAUAAUAAUAAUAAUAAUAAUGACUUUGAUUUUCAAGAAAGUAAUAAGAAUAAUAUAGAAGAAGAAGAGGAAGAAAAAAAUGUACAGGAUUCAUUUAAUUUUGAAGAAGAAAACAAAUUGUCAACACCACCUAUCAAUUCGGAUAGUUUCGAGGAUAGUCCAUUACCAGUUAGAAAAAUUAUUAAUUUUGAUUUAUCUUCUGGUAUUCAACAACAAUCACAACUACAAAAAGAUUCUUCUUCAUCUUCUUCUUCAACAAAAGAACAACCACAAAUUGAAGAGGAUGAUUCAUUUGAAAGUUUCUCGGAACCAAUCAAAUCAAGUUCUGAAAUUGACAUUAACCAAUUUAUAACAAAAAAGGAAGAAGAGGAAGAGCAAAAAGAAACAAAAGAUCAAAAGCAAGUAAAGGAUCAUGACUAUCAAGAGGAAGAUUUUGAAAAUGAUGAAGUCAAGAGUCGACCAUUGGAAUUGUCACUUGAUCCUCAACUUCGACACCUUUCUCACUCUCGACAGGCAUCAAGAGACUUUGUACCAACCAACAAUAGUAUAUUCCAAGAGGCAAUAGACGAGGAAGACAAUGACGACAAGAUGUUUAACAUUCCACCUCCAUCGUCAUCGGCUUCAAACAAGGACCAAGACCAAGACGAUGAUUUUGGUGACUUUGGUGAUUUCAAAGAUGAUUCUGGUGCUGCCACUGGCAAUGACCAAGACUUUGGUGAUUUUGGAGACUUUAACGAAAAUCAAUCAACAUUGAAAAGUGACAAUGGCGACGGUGAUGAUUUUGGUGACUUUGGAGAUUUUAGUGCAACAACAUCAAAUAAUAAUAAUAAUAACAAUUUUACAAAUGCAACCACUACUACAUCUACACCACUUUCAUUUUCCUCAUCGACAGCUUUCACCUCUUCUAAAGCAACUACUGUUGAAAGUGUCAAAGAUUCAAUCAACAAAAUACUAAACCAAAACAAAAAUUGUUUCAUUGUAUAUGAGAAAGAUUCAAUGGAAAUAGAAAAAGAAGAAAAAGUAAAAGAAAAUGAAAAAGAAAAGAAAACAACAACACUAGACACUAUAUUAAAAUCAUCGGAAAUGGAUCAAACCAUCUAUCAAAAAUCUGAUCAAUCAUCCUUCAACGCACCACCUUCACCAUUUGUAUUUAAAAAUUCUCAUAUUGAGAAACAAUUUAUUCAUUCAUUACAAUUAAAUGAACAAUCAAUGGAAUUGUUGAGAAAAAUAGAACAAGAAAGAAUUUCACAACCAUUGAAACCACUUACAAGUAUUUUGACAACAGGAACUCAAUCGACAGUUACUACAUUGGAUUUUAUGGAUUCUCCUGUUACUGGAAUGGACUCUACAGGUAGUAGCUCUACCAGUAAAAUGAUAAACAUUGGAACAACGGUGGAACCAUCGGCACUAUUGGGUGUUGACCCUGCUCCCAAACAAAGUAUUUUGCCAAAUUCAUUAAACGAUGUCAUGUCUCGUAUCCCAGACCUAACAUUUAUGUUAUCCAACAAACUAUCGAUUCCAGUCAAAGGUUCAAAACAUAACUCGAAAAUAACUACUGUUCCAUUAAAAUUAAAUUAA